AUGUCUGUUCGACCUGAUCCCAAAAUCAGUAACUCUACCUUUCUCCUUAUGGGUUUCCCUGGUCUGGAACGGGACUAUCCCUGGCUCUCUAUCCCCUUCUCCUGUAUCUAUGUUAUGGUACUGUCAGGAAACUGCCUGGUGCUGCAUGUGAUCCGUACUGAGCUGAGCCUGCAUGAGCCCAUGUUCUACUUCCUGGCCAUGCUGGCCCUCACUGACCUGUGCAUGGGGCUGUCCACAGUGCACAUGGUGCUGGGGAUCCUGUGGGGGCUCAGCCAGGAGAUUGGUCUGGAUGCCUGCAUUGCCCAAACCUUCUUUGUUCAUGGUCUAUCUUGCAUGGAGUCUGGAGUCCUUCUCGCCAUGGCCUUUGAUCGCUUUACUGCAAUCUGCAAUCCUCUAAGAUACACAUGUAUCCUCACCAGUACCAGAAUCAUCAACAUCGGUGUGGUCAUUUUAGGGAGGAGUUUCCUGUUCAUUACUGCUCCCAUUGUCCGCCUAAAGUUUUUCCAUUACUGCCGACCCCCCAUCCUUUCCCACUCCUUCUGCUUGCACCAGGACCUCCUCCGGCUGGCCUGCUCUGACAUCCGCUUCAAUAGCUUCUAUGCCUUAGCCCUGGUGAUCUGCACACUGCUUUUGGAUUCAGUGCUCAUUUUCAUCUCCUACAUAUUGAUCCUGCACUCUGUCUUGACUAUUGCAUCUCAAGAGGAGCGGCUCAAGUCCUUGAAGACCUGUGUCUCCCACAUCUGUGCUGUCCUGGUUUUCUAUAUUCCAAUCAUUGGUCUGACUAUGGUACACCACUUUGGGCAGCACCUCUCGCCUGUGGUCCAUGUCCUCAUGGGCAACAUCUACAUCCUUUUCCCACCCUUGAUGAACCCCAUCACCUACAUCAUCAAGACCCAACAAAUCCGUAACAGGAUUCGGAGAUGGUUCAUUAAACAAACGAGUUCUACAGGUUAA